AUGUUAAUAUUAUUCGUUCAAUGUGGAUUUUCCGACAUAAAAAAGAAAUCUGAUGGUUCUUUUGAGAGGCAUAAAGCAUGUCUUGUAGGUGAUGGCAGGUCUCAACAAAAAGGUGUGGAUUGUGAGGAGACUUUUAGUCCAGUUGUCAAGCCGACCUCUAUUCGUGCACUCCUCAGUAUUGCAUUAUCUAAUUCUUGGCCUAUUCAUCAACUUGAUGUCAAGAAUGCAUUCCUUCAUGGUACUCUCAAUGAAACAGUGUAUAUGCAUCAACCCAUGGGUUUUCGUGACCCGAAUUAUCCGGAUUAUGUUUGCUUAUUGAAGAAAUCUCUUUAUGGCCUCAAACAAGACCCACGAGCUUGGUAUCAACGUUUUGCAGAUUUCGUGGCCACCCUUGGUUUUUCACAUAGCAAAUCUGAUCAUUCAUUUAUUUAUCACCGAGGUACUGAUGUUGCAUAUAUAUUGCUUUAUGUUGAUGAUAUUAUUUUGACAGCUUCUUCGAACACUCUUCGUAAGUCCAUCAUGACACUACUAAGCGCCGAAUUUUCCAUGAAGGAUCUUGGUCCUCUUAGCUAUUUCCUUGGCAUUGCAGUCACUAGGGAUGCACACGGACUAUUUUUGUCCCAAAGGAAGUAUGCCGAAGAAAUACUUGAACGUGCAAGCAUGACAAACUGUAACCCGUCACCAACACCGGUUGAUACGAAGUCCAAACUAAGUGCUUCGGUGGACGAGCCCUAUGGUGAUCUAACCAAAUACCGUCAACUGGCGGGGGCCUUACAAUACCUCACUUUCACAAGGCCGGAUAUCUCAUAUGCCGUUCAACAGGUUUGCCUAUAUAUGAACGAUCCCCGAAAUGCACACAUGGCUGCCUUGAAGCGUGUCCUACGCUACAUUAAUGGCUCUAUCCACUUUGGUUUACAUUUGUACAAAUCCAAUGUUGAGAGCUUAAUAUCCUACACAGAUGCAGAUUGGGGUGGAUGUCCUGACACUAGACGAUCCACCUCUGGCUAUUGUGUCUUUCUUGGUGACAAUUUGAUCUCAUGGUCCUCUAAACGUCGGCCCACACUUUCCCGCUCUAGUGCGGAAGCUCAAUAUAGAGGAGUUGCUAAUGUUGUCUCCGAAUCAUGUUGGAUUCAAAAUUUACUUCUUGGACUACAUUGUCCCCCGAAGAAAGCAACAUUAGUCUACUGUGACAAUGUGAAUGCGAUUUAUCUAUCCGGUAAUCCAGUUCAACAUCAACGCACUAAACACAUUGAGAUGGACAUUCACUUUGUUUGA